AUGGCUACCAACCUGCCAUCAGACAGCCUUCCAUCAGAGCAGACACCAUCACUAUCAUCCCAGGAAAGGAAUUCAGAAAAACCAGACUACAACCCUGAGGUUUGGCACUUGAAGUUCAGAGCUUUUAUGCCCUCUGAGCAGUUGGACCCCAUCCAGGAUCUGAAGAGGAUCUCUGAGCUAUGCUAUCAAUGGCUGAGACCAGAUCUGAAUAGCAAGGAGGAGAUGCUGGAUCAACUGGUGUUGGAGCAGUUCAUGAUCUCCAUGCCUCCAGAACUGCAGGCCUUAGUGAAGGAGAGCAGAGUGAGGAGCUGCAAAGAGUUAGAGAAGCUGCUGAGGGAUGGUGGGAAACCACAACAUUGGUCCAUAAUCCGCUCCCAAGGACAAUUAUACCUCCUUCAGGAUCCCGUUGUUGGGAAGGCAGAGGCCAAGGAGCAUCAAAAGGAUGCUGUGGAAUUGUCCCAGGAUCCUCUCAACAGAGGCAAGGCCACCCCAGUGCUGAAGAACCCAUCAGAGACUGAAGAGCUAUCACCAGGCAGAAGAAAAGAUGUGAAGAUUCCCCAGGAAGAUUCAAAUACAGAUGCUGCCACACCGUUCACCCAUGUUCUGGAAAGAAGAGAUUCAGCUGCACACACAGAUCUUCAGAGUCUCUCUAGUUCCAAUGGAGACAAGGUUCCCACUGGUCAAGGAGGGGCCUCCUGUGUGGACAAGACACAAGAUGGGCAGCUAGGCCUUGCUUCCCUACAACCUGUAGAGCCUGUUGACCAUCUUGCCGGCCAGGCUCAGUUUGUGUGCAGUGAAUGCAAGAAGAGCUUCCCUUACAGGUCUCAGUUCAUCAUCCACCAGAGGUCUCACACAGGAGAGAGACCCUUUGAGUGCAGAGUGUGCAAAAAGGGGUUUGUGCAAUCCUCAGACCUUCGGGUCCAUCAGCGCAUCCACAGGGGUGAAAAGCCUUAUGUGUGCACCAUCUGCAGAAGAGGUCACCUUAGGACCCACACAAAGGAGAAGCCAUAUGAGUGUGAGCACUGUGGGAAAUGCUUCAGCCACAGGGGCAACCUGAGUGUCCAUCGACAAACCCACAGCGACUCAAGACCUUAUAGUUGUAAGGACUGUGACAAGGCCUUCAGACAGCAGGGGCUUCUGAAAAAACACAUGAAAAUCCAUUCAAGAAGGGCAUCCUUGUGA